AUGCACAGUUAUGUAACCGAAGCACCUCAAACAAAACCACGGCUCCGUUUCGUGCUCAUGUGGAGCUGCACAGGAGCUGCACAGGAGCUGCACAGGAGCUGCACAGGAGCUGCACAGGAGCUGCACAGGAGCUGCACAGGAGCUGCACAGGAGCUGCACAGGAGCUGCACAGGAGCUGCACAGGAGCUGCACAGGAGCUGCACAGGAGCUGCACAGGAGCUGCACAGGAGCUGCACAGGAGCUGCACAGGAGCUGCACAGGAGCUGCACAGGAGCUGCACAGGAGCUGCACAGGAGCUGCACAGGAGCUGCACAGGAGCUGCACAGGAGCUGCACAGGAGCUGCACAGGAGCUGCACAGGAGCUGCACAGGAGCUGCACAGGAGCUGCACAGGAGCUGCACAGGAGCUGCACAGGAGCUGCACAGGAGCUGCACAGGAGCUGCACAGGAGCUGCACAGGAGCUGCACAGGAGCUGCACAGGAGCUGCACAGGAGCUGCACAGGAGCUGCACAGGAGCUGCACAGGAGCUGCACAGGAGCUGCACAGGAGCUGCACAGGAGCUGCACAGGAGCUGCACAGGAGCUGCACAGGAGCUGCACAGGAGCUGCACAGGAGCUGCACAGGAGCUGCACAGGAGCUGCACAGGAGCUGCACAGGAGCUGCACAGGAGCUGCACAGGAGCUGCACAGGAGCUGCACAGGAGCUGCACAGGAGCUGCACAGGAGCUGCACAGGAGCUGCACAGGAGCUGCACAGGAGCUGCACAGGAGCUGCACAGGAGCUGCACAGGAGCUGCACAGGAGCUGCACAGGAGCUGCACAGGAGCUGCACAGGAGCUGCACAGGAGCUGCACAGGAGCUGCACAGGAGCUGCACAGGAGCUUCCACAAUGUAGUGUGCAGUGGGGGUCCAGUGUGCAGUCACCAGUGUGCAAUGUAGUACCCUCACUGGGGGUGCAGUCACCAGUGUGCAGUGGGGGUCCAGUCACCAGUGUGCAGUGGGGGUGCAGUCACCAGUGUGCAGUGGGGGUGCAGUCACCAGUGUGCAGUGGGGGUGCAGUCACCAGUGUGCAGUGGGGGUCCAGUCACCAGUGUGCAGUGGGGGUCCAGUCACCAGUGUGCAGUGGGGGUGCAGUCACCAGUGUGCAGUGGGGGUCCAGUCACCAGUGUGCAGUGGGGGUGCAGUCACCAGUGUGCAGUGGGGGUGCAGUCACCAGUGUGCAGUGGGGGUGCAGUCACCAGUGUGCAGUGGGGGUGCAGUCACCAGUGUGCAGUGGGGGUCCAGUCACCAGUGUGCAGUGGGGGUCCACUCACCAGUGUGCAGUGGGGGUGCAGUCACCAGUGUGCAGUGGGGGUCCAGUCACCAGUGUGCAGUGGGGGUGCAGUCACCAGUGUGCAGUGGGGGUCCAGUCACCAGUGUGCAGUGGGGGUGCAGUCACCAGUGUGCAGUGGGGGUCCAGUCACCAGUGUGCAGUGGGGGUGCAGUCACCAGUGUGCAGUGGGGGUCCAGUCACCAGUGUGCAGUGGGGGUGCAGUCACCAGUGUGCAGUGGGGGUCCAGUCACCAGUGUGCAGUGGGGGUCCAGUCACCAGUGUGCAGUGGGGGUCCAGUCACCAGUGUGCAGUGGGGGUCCAGUCACCAGUGUGCAGUGGGGGUCCAGUCACCAGUGUGCAGUGGGGGUCCAGUCACCAGUGUGCAGUGGGGGUCCAGUCACCAGUGUGCAGUGGGGGUGCAGUCACCAGUGUGCAGUGGGGGUGCAGUCACCAGUGUGCAGUGGGGGUGCAGUCACCAGUGUGCAGUGGGGGUCCAGUCACCAGUGUGCAGUGGGGGUCCAGUCACCAGUGUGCAGUGGGGGUGCAGUCACCAGUGUGCAGUGGGGGUCCAGUCACCAGUGUGCAGUGGGGGUGCAGUCACCAGUGUGCAGUGGGGGUGCAGUCACCAGUGUGCAGUGGGGGUGCAGUCACCAGUGUGCAGUGGGGGUGCAGUCACCAGUGUGCAGUGGGGGUCCAGUCACCAGUGUGCAGUGGGGGUCCAGUCACCAGUGUGCAGUGGGGGUGCAGUCACCAGUGUGCAGUGGGGGUCCAGUCACCAGUGUGCAGUGGGGGUGCAGUCACCAGUGUGCAGUGGGGGUCCAGUCACCAGUGUGCAGUGGGGGUGCAGUCACCAGUGUGCAGUGGGGGUCCAGUCACCAGUGUGCAGUGGGGGUGCAGUCACCAGUGUGCAGUGGGGGUCCAGUCACCAGUGUGCAGUGGGGGUGCAGUCACCAGUGUGCAGUGGGGGUCCAGUCACCAGUGUGCAGUGGGGGUCCAGUCACCAGUGUGCAGUGGGGGUCCAGUCACCAGUGUGCAGUGGGGGUCCAGUCACCAGUGUGCAGUGGGGGUCCAGUCACCAGUGUGCAGUGGGGGUCCAGUCACCAGUGUGCAGUGGGGGUCCAGUCACCAGUGUGCAGUGGGGGUCCAGUCACCAGUGUGCAGUGGGGGUCCAGUCACCAGUGUGCAGUGGGGGUCCAGUCACCAGUGUGCAGUGGGGGUGCAGUCACCAGUGUGCAGUGGGGGUCCAGUCACCAGUGUGCAGUGGGGGUGCAGUCACCAGUGUGCAGUGGGGGUCCAGUCACCAGUGUGCAGUGGGGGUGCAGUCACCAGUGUGCAGUGGGGGUCCAGUCACCAGUGUGCAGUGGGGGUGCAGUCACCAGUGUGCAGUGGGGGUCCAGUCACCAGUGUGCAGUGGGGGUGCAGUCACCAGUGUGCAGUGGGGGUCCAGUCACCAGUGUGCAGUGGGGGUCCAGUCACCAGUGUGCAGUGGGGGUCCAGUCACCAGUGUGCAGUGGGGGUCCAGUCACCAGUGUGCAGUGGGGGUCCAGUCACCAGUGUGCAGUGGGGGUCCAGUCACCAGUGUGCAGUGGGGGUCCAGUCACCAGUGUGCAGUGGGGGUCCAGUCACCAGUGUGCAGUGGGGGUCCAGUCACCAGUGUGCAGUGGGGGUGCAGUCACCAGUGUGCAGUGGGGGUCCAGUCACCAGUGUGCAGUGGGGGUCCAGUCACCAGUGUGCAGUGGGGGUCCAGUCACCAGUGUGCAGUGGGGGUGCAGUCACCAGUGUGCAGUGGGGGUCCAGUCACCAGUGUGCAGUGGGGGUGCAGUCACCAGUGUGCAGUGGGGGUGCAGUCACCAGUGUGCAGUGGGGGUGCAGUCACCAGUGUGCAGUGGGGGUCCAGUCACCAGUGUGCACCUUCUCUGAUGAUGGAUUGUGA